GAUUUCUUAUUAAUCUCGAGUCAUUCGUUGUUCUCUAGGGUUUAGUUAUAAAUUAGGAGUUAGAUAACAAAGUAACCAGAGAGAUUGAUCAGAGCAAAGAAAUUUUGAGGGUUUCAGAUUUUCAUCUUUCAAUUGAGAAUAAUGAAACGAAAAACUUACAGAUCACGCGAGAGAGUGAUCAGAGAAAAGCAAUCGCAAAUUAUGCCGCCGGAGAUGGAGUUGGUGAAGGUUUUGGGAAAGGGUACUUACGGCUCCGUCGAGCUCUUCAGCCACAAACAAAACGACGGAUCAUUGCUCUACAACGCAGUGAAGAUCAUGGACUCUGAGAACUACGGUUCUAUAGACCAAGAGUUUCGAAUUCUGUCGGAACUCAGAGGAUGUCCUUGUAUCGUGCAAUUGUGUGGGAACUCUCUUGUUCAAGGAACCGAUUGCAAUGGAAGAAAAGUUUACAAGAUGUCAAUGGAGUAUGCAGCUGCUGGUACUUUAACUAAUUUCAUCCAAAGAAACAGAACAAAGUUGUCAGAUUCGGUUAUUAAAGACUUUACUCGUAUGAUUCUAAAAGGAUUGGUCUCGAUUCAUAGUCAUGGUUAUGUUCAUUGUGAUCUUAAACCGGACAAUAUCCUUCUUUUUCCUAUUUACGAUAAAGAAACGUGGAAUUGUUCUUACGAAUUGAAGAUUUCGGAUUUCGGAAUAUCGACAAGGGCCGGAGACAAAUCUGAUUGUUGGCGAAUCGAUGAACCGUGGGUCGGAACGUCUAUCUACAUGUCUCCGGAGUCAGUCCGCGACGGCACCACCGUUGAGAAAACCCUAGAUUUGUGGUCACUUGGUUGCAUAGUGUUGGAGAUGUAUACCGGUAAACGGCCAUGGUUAGGGUUUGAUAAAGAUGUUCAGUCUCUUCUUUUGGAUAAUAAGGCACCAGAAAUUCCAGAGACUGUGCCGUGUGAUGCAAGACUGUUUUUGGAGAAGUGUUUCGCAAGAAAACCUGAGGAGAGAGGAACAGCUUCCGAGUUGUUGUUGCAUCCGUUUUUCGUCAGAGAUGAGAAGAUGGUUUCUGCCACCGCCGCCGGAGAGAGGACGGGGAUGGUGAGGCUCAGAAACCCUCCCCCGAUAUUGAAAGAUAUUCCAACGAAGCCACUGAAAUUGAAGGUUAUUUCACAAAAGCCCCAACAGUUUAAGAAAGUCUCGAACAAACCCCUAAAAGUGAAAAUUGUUCCUCCGAGACCCCCAAGAUCCGAUUUUGUUCCCGUUCAAUAGUUUGCAAUUUAGAAAAUUGCAUGUCAUGAAAUUUAUUGAUAUAUAUGUUCCAAUUCAUAUGAAAUUUAUUGGUAAUUAUUUCUAAUUUUACGAUUUUUUUUCUGUUUUUCUGUCACUUAUUGAUAAUAUUAGAAAAAAGCUCUACUUACUUACAUUCGAUUAACCAAAAUUGAUUGUAGCUAGUAGUUGUACAAUUUCUUUCAGAUUAAUAAUAGCUUUGUGGAUCUCAACAACGAAAGGUUCAAACAUAUGGGCCGUCACAAAAGGCCAAUUCAAGAUUCAACCCACCCAUAAAGCCUCGUAGUAAAAAUGGAAUUCCCUAUUUUAUUUUUUGUUAUGCAAUCACCAACAGGCAACAACCAUAGC